AUGCUGGAAGAUAAAUUAGCUAUUGAAAAGGAGGCUGUGAGUGAUUAUCCAACUUGGAGAGAUUAUAAUGUUACGAUACUCUGUAUACGAUUCUACUGUUUAUUGAAAUAUAAAGUGAAGCUGAAGGCUCGGUGUGCUGGAGUUAUUCGAUCAUUCUUUGGGAAUAUCAAACCUGGAACACGGCUCCGUUAUGCUAUCCACAAGCUCAUCAGUAGAGCUCGUCUUCUACAACGUGCAGUUAAGUUUGAAAGUCAUCGGGAAAUCUCGAUUCGAUGGAUCAAAUUGGAGCUCGAUAUGAUAAAAAUGAAGUGGAUUGCUGAACAGAUCGACAAAAUCGAAGAUUUGAAAGCUCGUAUUGCGAAUACAACCGCGAUGGGGUUGCCAGCUGAUCUGUUGGAAUUGAAACAACUGGAGAAAACUAAAGCAGCAUACAGGUCGAUCGUUAGGCCAGCGAGUGCAAAUGAGAGGGCGAUCCAGAUCACUGUUAUGCAGAAGUAA